AUGACAUGGGGCGAUGCAGCCUUCCUUGCCAACUGGUACUACUCAGACGAGUAUCCCGACUACCUCAAGACCGAGACCGACGUAAUCAAGCGUACCUAUAAGGCCGCCCAAGACCCAGACGGCUACGAGGGCAUGACCUUCGCCCGCUGGCUGUCUGACAUCAUCGGCAAGGAGAUUGAGAUCGAUUGGGAGCACAGUGGUAUCAACGCAGAGUACUAUUUGGUCACAGACGAGACGGAAAGAUUGCGUACCUUUGUGUCAGAAAUAAUAACACUUAUUCUGACCAACGAAAUGGAAGCUCUUUUCAAUCUCGGCAAUCUGCUGACGAUGCUUAUCACAGCCCUGGCUACGUGGGGCGGCACCUUCUUGUUCUACAAGCAGGAGAAACGUAGUAAAGACAUUGAUAAUGAGGCAAAGCAGAGUGAGGAGUGGCGAAAGCUCUACCUCGACUCUCAGGAGGACUCGCGCAAGAAGGAAGAGGAUUCUCGUAAGAAGGACGAGAAGAUUGAUGAGCUUCGCAAGGAGAUGUCUGACAUGCGCCGGCAGAUGAACAACCUGGAACGUCGAGUAAUCCUUAACAGCAUCUACCGAUGCAAUCGUGUCGAUUGUUCUAACCGUGAGCCUAAGCCAGACGAGACGCAAAGGCUCUCGAUGGAAGAAACAAACGAUCAGUAA